AUGGAGGAUCAAAUAUCCAAGCGUAAUAAGGAGACGAGAAUAAUGAAGGAAGAUAUUGAAAAGAAUGAUCUUUCUAAAGAUGAUAAGAGGAAUAAAAUUAAAAGAAGAGGAGGGAUGAAGAAGUAUCAAAGAUGGAUAAUUAUUUUAAUUAGCUUAUCGAUUUCGAUAUUUUUUGUAAUACCAUAUAUUAAAACAUUUACUUUUGGGUUCAAUGGUAAAAUGGAGGAAGGGAAAAGAUUACAUCAUUGGAUAGGCCGUGGGUAUAAGUACCAACGAGUUGAAGAUCCUAUUUUAAAUGAAGAUCAUGAUAAAGCUAAAGGUGUUUUAUUAUCAGUUGUUUUCCCACAUGAAUUGAAUAAAUUUAUCCGGACCAUGCAAACUAUGGAAGACUCAUUUAAUGUAAAUUUCAAUUAUGAUUGGUUAAUUUUAAGUAACGAAACAUUCCAUCAACGUGAUCUUACUACGUUACGAGGGUUAGCUAGUGGUAAGAUCCAAUUUGGAUUAAUUCCUGAAGAUGAAAUUAGAUAUCCUACUAAUACUGAUAAGAAAAAAAUGGAAAAGAAUAUGGAAAAAUUUGUUGAUAAAAAAGUUCCAUUUGCCAAAAGUAUGGAAAUGAGACAAAAAAAUCGAUAUUUUAGUAAAUUUUUUUAUAAACAUGCAUUAUUACAACCAUAUGACUAUUUUUGGAGAGUGGAUCCUGAUGCUGUUAUUCUUUGUAAAAUUGAUUAUGAUGUCUUUAGAUUUAUGAAAGAUAAUAACAAAACAUUUGGAUUUAUAUCUGGUAGUCAUACAUAUGCAGAAGUAGUUGAUGGAUUAUGGAAUGUGACUAGUAAAUUUAUGAAUAAUCAUCCACAAUUGAUUAAUAAAAACAAUUUAAUUAAGUUUGUGAAAAAUGAUAAAGAUGAAUUUAACAGAUGUCAAUUUUUAACAAAUUGGGAAAUUGCGUCGUUUAAGAUGUUCCGUAAUGAUAAAUAUGAGGCAUAUUCAGCGUAUUUGGAAAGUCUACAAGGAUUUUUCAACGAAUUAUGGCCUGAUAAUAUGGUUCAUACAUUAUUUGCAUCGAUUUAUUUGGAUCGUGAAGAAUUAUAUCAUUUCAAAAAUAUGGGGUUUGAUUAUAAUCCAUUUCGAAUUUGUCCCAUCGAAAAUGAGAUCUUGGCUCGAGAAAGAUGCGGAUGUUUCGCGACAGAUGAUUUUACAUGGCAUAGAUUAUCAUGUAUUCCUCAAUAUUAUGAAUUAAUGGGGUUAACUAAAAAGGCUCCAGUGUCUCAUAAUAAUUACGGUUAG